UCAUCAUAUAAACCCAAGGUGCAGUCACAUACCCAGGGAUACAGGACACGACAGACUCCUGAGAGACACAACACAGAAUUGCACCAUGCCAAACUACAAACUCACUUAUUUUAAUAUGAGGGGGAGAGCAGAAAUUAUUCGUUACAUAUUUGCUUAUUUGGACAUACAGUAUGAAGACCACAGAAUAGAACAAGCUGACUGGCCUGAAAUCAAAUCAACUCUCCCAUUUGGAAAAAUCCCCAUUUUGGAAGUUGAUGGACUUACCCUUCACCAGAGCCUAGCAAUAGCAAGAUAUUUGACUAAAAACACAGAUUUGGCUGGAAACACAGAAAUGGAACAAUGUCAAGUUGAUGCUAUUGUGGACACACUGGACGAUUUCAUGUCAUGUUUUCCUUGGGCAGAGAAAAAGCAAGAUGUGAAAGAGCAGAUGUUCAAUGAGCUGCUCACGUAUAAUGCGCCUCAUCUUAUGCAAGACUUGGACACAUAUUUAGGGGGGAAAGAGUGGCUUAUUGGUAACUCUGUGACUUGGGCAGAUUUCUACUGGGAGAUUUGCAGUACCACGCUUUUGGUCUUUAAACCUGACCUGUUGGACAUCCAUCCAAGGCUGGUGACUUUACGGAAGAAAGUCCAAGCCAUUCCUGCCAUCGCUAACUGGAUAAAACGAAGACCCCAAACCAAACUCUAGUUGAUCCAUGUUGCCUUCAAGUUUGUUGUUCUCGGGGCAUCUCUCUUACCAGAUAAGACAGGUACAUCAGCCUGCCAGAUAAUCCAUAUGCUCCCUUCCCAACUCCACCAAGAUUUCCACUUUAAGCCAUAUUCUGAUUUUUAAAAAGGAAAACACAAACACAAACAAAUCUUUCUGCAGUA